AUGACUGAGGAAAUUGAGACUCAUAUUAUGCAGAAGUAUGAAAUAAUCUAGAAAAUGGGAAAAGGAGCUUAUGGUGUUGUAUGGAAAGCGAUAGUUCGAAAAACAAAAUAAAUAGUUGCUCUGAAGAAAGUAUUUGAUGCUUUUCACAAUGCCACAGAUGCACAACGCACAUUUCGAGAGGUAAUGUUUUUACAAGAGAUGGCCCAUGACAAUGUUAUUCGAAUGACAAAUAUUCAUAAGGCUGAUAAUAACAAGGAUCUUUACAUAGUUUUUGAUUUCAUGGAAACAGAUCUUCAUGCCGUCAUUCGAGGCGGAAUACUCGAAGAAAUCCAUUAAAGAUAUAUUAUCUACCAGAUACUCAAAGCACUCAAGUAUAUUCAUUCAGCUGAAAUAAUCCAUCGAGAUUUGAAACCUUCAAAUGUUUUAUUAGAUGCUGAGUGCAAUGUAAAGGUUGCAGAUUUUGGACUUGCAAGAAGCCUCCUCAUGCCGAUAGAUGAAAAUGCCAUUUUGACUGAAUAUGUAGCAACUCGUUGGUACAGAGCUCCAGAGAUCCUUCUAGGAUCCACUUUCUAUACUAAGGCUGUCGAUAUGUGGUCAGUUGGCUGCAUCUUAGGGGAGAUGAUCAAUGGUAAACCUAUUUUUCCUGGGAGUUCAACUCUAAAUUAAAUUGAAAGAAUUAUUGAAGUCAUUGGUAGACCCUCAACAUCAGAGUUAGAGAGUGUACAAGCUCCAUUAGCUUCUUAAAUAGUCAACAAUAUUCCAAAAGGAGCUCGAAUUGGAUUUACUAAUUACUUUCCUAAGGCAACACCUUAGGCCUUGGAUUUAAUUCGAAAGUUAUUGUCAUUCAAUCCUCAUACAAGAAUAACUGUAGAGGAAGCCUUGAGACAUCCUUAUGUCAAUGCAUUUCACAACGAAUAGUAAGAGCCAACAGCAAACCCAAUUAAAAUAUCAAUGAAUGAUAAUAAGAAAUUUAGUAUAAAGGAAUAUAGAGAAGCAUUAUAUUUAGAAAUAACUAAAAAAUAUGAUUAAAAAAAUGAAACUAAGAUUGAAAAUAAAUUUGAAAACUCUUUAAAAGCUAAUGAUGUUCUCUAGUAACAAUAGGAAAGAAGAAGAACCUAAAGCUUUUAAUAGCCAUCAAAAAAGCCUGUUGGACCUUCAAAUACUACACUUCCAAGCGAAUAACCUAUAAUUAGAUAAUCCGACACUAACAUUAUGCAAUAAAUCAAAGAUUAUGGAAACAGGGAAGUUUAAUAAAAGGAUUAUUGUAUCAAGGAUUACCUUCCAAAAGAUUAUAGCUCAAAGGAUUAUUUUGCAUAAUAAAAUGUGAACGUGAGUAAAGAAUUUAUUAGUGGGUAAUUUGGUAAAGAAGUUAAUAAGGAAAACUAAAGAUCCAAAAAUAUGGUUGAAGUCACAAAUAAUAACAAUAAAUUAGAAAGAGAUACUUCCUUAUCUAAAAAAUAGAUUUUGUCUAUGUGGACAUAACCUAACCAAAAACCAUAAAUCUCUAAUCCACAAUAAAGACCACCUUCAGUAAGUGUAUAUGCAGCACUGAAUUAAAAUUCAAAUAAUUAGUUAAAAUAAUAAUAAUAACAGUAAUAAUAAUAUUAAUAAUAAUAACAACAUCAAUAGUCAUAAUAAUAAUAAUCGUAAUAAUAAUCAAAUAAUGUUUCUACAUAAAAAAGAAUGAGUAGUAAAAUGCCUACUAGUGGUACAAGCACUUCUUUUUAUUUUCCAGCUGAAAAAACAAAUUCAAGCUUUAAUUAUGGAAAAAAAAUAUCCAAAGACAACAGUUUUUUAUUAGAUUAAAAUGUCCAAAGCAUAUAAAAUAUACCAUAAUCUUCAAUGCCCUAGUAGCCAUAAUAAGGGGGACUGUAUUAAAAAACGACUAGUGUGAAUUAUCAAACCUAUUUGAUGCAAAAGGGUAUCCCUGAUUAGAGAAGCAAAUAAAACUUAGUUAAUCAUUAAAGAACUUAGUCUUAGUUGGGUGCGAAUAAUAGUGUUCUUAUAAAUAGAUGCAAGGAGUUUUUGUAAAAUAUGCAUGCCUUAAAAUAAUGA